AUGGAAUCCAAUCAGAAAGUGGGCGGGGACGGACUGACGGGGACGCAGAAGGAGGCGUCGCUGCGAGCGCUGAUCCAACGAACGGGAUACCAGCUGCUGCAGGAGAACGGGCAGCGGCGGUACGGCGGCCCCCCGCCCGGCUGGGACGGCCCGCCACCAGAGAGAGGCAGCGAGAUCUUUGUGGGGAAACUGCCGAGAGAUCUGUUUGAAGACGAGCUCGUCCCGCUGUGCGAGAAGUUCGGUAAAAUCUAUGAGGUGAGGAUGAUGAUGGAUUUUAACGGGAACAACCGAGGCUACGCCUUCGUCACCUUCACCACCAAACAGGAAGCCAGAGCCGCCAUGAAGCAGCUCAACAACUACGAGAUCAGGAACGGACGUCUCCUCGGAGUUUGUGCCAGCGUUGACAACUGCCGUCUGUUUGUGGGCGGGAUCCCCAAGACCAAGAAGCGCGAGGAGAUCCUGGCCGAGAUGAGGAAGGUGACCGACGGCGUCAUGGACGUCAUCGUCUACCCGAGCGCCGCCGACAAGUCCAAGAACCGCGGCUUCGCCUUCGUGGAGUACGAGAGCCACCGGGCGGCCGCCAUGGCCCGCCGCAAACUGCUGCCAGGUCGCAUCCAACUGUGGGGUCAUGCCAUUGCCGUGGACUGGGCGGAGCCUGAGGUGGAGGUGGAUGAGGAUACCAUGGCAACCGUUAAGAUCCUGUACGUCAGAAACCUGAUGCUGCAGACCACGGAGGAGACGAUAGAAAAGGAGUUCAACGGCCUCAAACCAGGUGCAGUGGAGAGAGUGAAGAAGAUCAGGGACUACGCCUUCGUCCAUUUCACCCAGAGGGAGGACGCCAUCAACGCCAUGAACGCCCUCAACGGCAAGGUGGUGGACGGCUCUCCUAUAGAGGUGACCCUGGCCAAGCCGGUGGACAAGGACAGUUAUGUCCGUUACACCAGAGGAACUGGAGGCCGCGGAGCCUCGCUGCUGCAGGCCGACUACGCUGCCUACACCCUGGGACAGGUGUACGACCCCUCAGCAGCCUACCUGGGUGCGCCGGUGUUUUAUGCCCCCCAGGCCUACGCUGCCAUACCAGGACAGUUCCGCUUCCCGGGGGCCAAAGCUCACAUCGGUGGCCGAGGCCUGAUCAGGACGCCCUCUGUCAGAGAAAUUUACAUGACUGUACCUGUAGGGGCCGCGGGGGUGCGGGGGCUGGGGGGGCGGGGCUACCUGGCCUACACCGCUGGGGGCGGGGCUGUGGGUCGCGGCGGCACCGCCUCCUAUGGGCUGAAGACGGACAAGCGGGCGGAGGAGAAGCUGUACGACCUGCUGCCUGGCAUGGAGCUGACGCCCAUGAACCCUGCAGCCAUGACCCUGAAGGCAGCGGGCAUCAAACAUGCACCGCAGGUGUUGGAUGAGUUGUGUCAGAAGAAUAACUGGGGCCAGCCGGUCUAUCAGCUCCACUCUGCCAUUGGUCCUGAUCAGAGGCAGCUCUUCCUCUACAAGGUCACCAUACCAGCCCUGGCCACGCAGUAUCCUAAUGUACAUCCCUUCACCCCUGCCAAACUGUGCACGACUGUAGAUGAAGCCAAGGUCCACGCUGCCGAGCACGCCCUGCAGACGCUGGGUUUGCAGACUGAGGGCGCCGCUGACGCCAGCUGUGCCACCGCUGCUGCCGUGGCCUCGGUGGCCUUCCCAGGUUACACUCUGGCUGGCCCCGCCUCCUCCCAGCUGAAGCAGGCUGUGUCUCUGGGUCAGGAUCUGACUGCCUACACCACCUAUGAGGGCUACCCCGCCUUUGCCAUGGCAACGCGCCACACGGACGGAUACGGCGUUUUCUAGGACAGUGGUUUCCAAAGAAACAACAAACAAACAAAGACCCGGCAUCUACAGUUGUGUUCACACUAUUCCACUCACUUCAA